AUGCUGCACUGGGUACCACAGUUGGUCCCGCUCUUCUUCACAACAACGUUGCUUCCUUCCGUCAUGAGCGUCACCAUGGCUUACAACAUCGGCAGGUCCAAUAAACAGACCAACAAGAAUGUGUCAUUACUGCUGGACAGUCUCUUGCAAGGUUACAACCAUCAUGUUAGGCCAGGAAGAGUCGACGCGCCAACGGAUGUGUAUAUUGAUAUUGAAGUACGCAGCAUGGGACCGGUGUCUGAAGUUGAUAUGACGUAUUCGAUGGACUGCUAUUUUCGGCAAAGCUGGAUAGACCGCCGGCUGGCAUUCCGCGGAUCCAUGCCGUCUAUGACCCUGUCCAUAUCCAUGCUACAGAAGAUAUGGCGACCGGACACGUCGUUCCUGAACGGCAAGCACUCUUACCUGCACACAAUCACUCAGCCCAACAAGUUCGUCCGCCUGGCACAGGACGGCACAGUGCUCUACUCGUCAAGGCUGACUGUGAGUGCGAGCUGUCCCAUGAAUUUGGAGAAGUUCCCCAUGGACACCCAACGCUGUCCUCUUCGCAUUGGAAGCUCUGGGUAUCCUGCAAAGGAGGUGAUGUUUCGCUGGAAUCCGAAACGACGAGUGGUGAUUGCGUCGGAUAUGAAAUUGAACCAGUUCGACCUUGUUCGAACGCCAACUGAUAAUCAGAGCGAUUAUUCCAGGAAAGAAGGGCCAUUCGCCAUGCUACUGGUGAGCUUCCAGCUGAAGCGUCACAUGGGCUACUUCCUGAUCGAGGUGUACGCACCCUGCACGCUGCUGGUGGUGCUCUCCUGGGUGUCCUUCUGGAUCAACCGCGAGGCCACAGCCGACAGGAUUGCCCUCGGUGUGACCACCAUCCUUACAAUGACUUUCCUCGCACUGGAGAGCAGAAAUGAUUUGCCAAAAGUACCUUACUGCACUGCCCUGGAUUACUACGUGGCUAUCGGCUUUGGUUUUGUCUUCGCCACCAUUGUCGAAUUCGCUGUCGUCCAUUAUUUCACGAAGGUUGGAAGCGGAGAGUUCUAUUACUGCCCGGAGAUGGAAGCCGAACGCCUGAAAGCGUCAUCGGAAGAUAGCGGUGAUGAAGAAAGCGGUAGCGACGAGCAGCAGCCUUUAGAGUCUGCGGCCUACAGGGAGGCUGGAGACCACUGCCAGAGGUUACAUCCUAAGAAGAUGAUCGCGUUACCUAGCAACGCCAUCUAUUGCGCCGAUGCUGAACGGCCCGAAGCCACCGUGGCCUUCGUCGGAUCUCCCGACUCUACGCCUCCCAGUGACGCAGUAGCGGCCGGUUCGCUCAACGGCCGGCUGGAAGCUCCCGCAUCUCAGCCCGCGUGCCCUACGCAGCGAGGGUCGAUGAGGUACGGCUCGGGACGCAGCAGCAGCAGCAGGCGGAGGAGCGUGAUGCAGCGAGACCACCGUCGUCAGAAGCGGCCCUCGAUGAUGGCGCGGCGCAGGAUGUCCAGCCAGAUCCAGGAACUUUGGAUCAACAGCGUCAGCAAGGUCGACAGGGUCUCCAGGGUCGUCUUCCCGCUGGCGUUCAUUGUGGUCAACACGGUGUACUGGCUCACGUACUUCCGAGACGAUGAGGACAGCUGA